AUGUUAUUCACUCAAAUUUUACUGAUCUUGUGUCUCUCCUUGAUUACAACUUCAUUUCCAAUAAAUUCAUUCCCAUUCCAAUUAAUACAAAACCGUUUAUCUAAACAAUCAGUAUACCAAUAUUCAAAUACUCAUACUCUUUCAGAUUUCAGAAUUCAACAAUUAUUUGGUCUUCAUAAAUUAUUAGUUUCAACUCCUUCAGUAUCAAAUAAUGAAUUAGAUAUUGCACAAAAAUUACAAUUUUAUCUUAAAUUAGAAGGUUUAACUGUGGAUCUUCAAAAAGUUGAAGAAAAUAGAUAUAAUGUGUUGGCAUAUCAUGGUGAUUUAAAUGAUACAAAAGUUGUCUUAACAAGUCAUAUUGAUACAGUCCCACCAUUUUUCCCUUAUUCUGUUAGUGAUGAUGGUAAACGAAUCUAUGGUAGAGGUUCAACAGAUGCUAAAGGUUCAGUUGCGGCUCAAAUUACAGCUUUUCUAGAUUUAAUUUGGGAUGGUCAAUUAAGAGAUGGUGAUCUUUCUUUAUUAUUUGUUGUUGGUGAAGAAAAUUCAGGUAUUGGUAUGAAAUAUGUUGAAGAAAAUAUUGAUUAUCAUUGGGAUUCUGUAAUUUUAGGUGAACCAACUGAAAAUAAAUUAGGUGUUGGUCAUAAAGGCGGUUAUGGUGGUAUUUUAAAUGUCACUGGGUUAGCAUCACAUUCAGGCUAUCCUGAAUUAGGUAUAAAUGCAAAUACCAUCUUGGUUGAAUUUUUAAAUGAAUUGUUAAAAAUUAAAUUACCAAAUGAUGAAUUAUUAGGUGAUUCAAGUUUAAAUAUUGGUAAAAUUGAAGGUGGUGUUGCUGGUAAUGUUAUACCUGCACAUGCUGAAGCUACCAUAUCUUUUAGAGUAGCUUCUGAUUUAGAAUUUUUCCAUAAAAUUAUCCCUGAUUUAAUUGCCAAUUCAUCAUAUAGUGAUAAUAUUCAAUGGAUCACAAAAGAUCUAGGUAGAACUCCAGUUUAUUUUGAUCAUGAAAUACCAGGAUUUGAAUCAAUAAUUCUUGGUUAUGGUACUGAUGCUUUUUCAUUACAAAAGAAAAAAUUUAAAAAUAAAAUUCUUUAUGGACCUGGUUCAAUUCAUGUUGCUCAUGGUGCUAAUGAAUAUGUUGAAACGGAUCAAUUAAUUGAAGCUGUCCAAGGUUAUAGUGAAUUAGUUAAACAUGUGUUACAUAAUUGA